AUGCAUAUUGCGUGUAUCCUGACGAAUGAGGGACUCUUUACGCCAUUGAACGGCAACCUCGUUGGCCUUCUCACUGGUGACAACAAACGAUCAAAUUCUCUCGCGUCGCUUUCUGGGCAUACCUCGAAUUAUGCUCGACGGCUCCUCAGGGUGUUCGACCGCUUGGUCAACUGGAGCAGUGUCGCUGCUUACAUCCAGCAAACACGUAAGGAACCAAGUAUACGCGGAUCUACUACCAGAAUCUCCACCUUCAUGCUCGCGUGGCCGGGACAAUGUUACGCAUUGCUGCAAGUUAGCCUCGAAUGCAAUGCGAACGAUCGGAUUGACGCAGAACUCUUCACCACUACAUCCUGGAGAAAGAAUCUCGCCAUCUCGAAGGAGCAGCAUGAACAAAAGAGCACAAAGCAGGCAAGCCUAACGCAAAUCACGAGUCAAAAGCUUAACGGGCUCGAGUACUGGUGCCAAAACUCGCCCAGAUGGUCGCCAGAGUUCCCUCGUGCCUCCAGGAAAGGAAACUUUGGCAGUCAAGGUGAUCUCAUGUACGAUCCAACAUGGCUAGGCGAUUUGCAUGUCUCGGCUGAUGGCAGAACCUGCUCGCCCUCCGAAAUUCUACAUGACAGGGUAGGAAAUAAGGGUGGAGACGUUGCGGUAAUUACGAGCUACGAGGACAGUCGUGGUUCGAUUAGCGGAAUCUCGAUGGCGAAAAUAUCCAGGGUGACAAGAUGCGUCCAUAGCGAAAAAAUUGAAUGA